ACGACGUGAAGAAGAUGCCUGAGGACUACAGGACACGUUGGUCCCACCGAGCCCCUGUACCACCAACCCCCCCCACUGCCCUCGAGACGCAGGAGAGAGUCAGCGAUCUUCUCUAUAGGUACCAGGGGGGCUGCGUGGCCGGGGGGAGGCGGCGAGCAUGGUGGCUGCCGGCGGAAACUCCCUCACCUCUCCAUAUUUUGCUCAGCACCAGCUCCGCCUGAGUCAGUCCAGCGGCCGCAGGUUCUCGCCCUUGAGACUGCACCUCGAUGCCUCCAAGUCCUCGUGGCGACGGUGUUCCUGGCGCUGCACCACCGUCGUGUUUGUCUGCGUCACCAUCUGCCUCGCCGCCACCACCACUUUCUUCGCCACCUCGCAGGUGAGUCGGUGGCACAGCACUGAGGGCUGCCUGGACGAGGCCGCCAACCCCGCCAGCGUCAACGUGCCCCAGGAGAAGAUCCCGCCGCCCCAGGGUCAGGGACAACCCACGCCUCCCCCAGGUAACCUCGCCGCUGCGGAUGGCUGGCCUCCCCCCGCCCUGGACCCGCCUGCUGUGUUCCCUCCGCCCCGCCGAGGAAGCCAGACUCAAGCUCGCCCACAGCAGAUAGCACCCCCCGACGGCAGCUCCUUCUCCCCACUUACCCUGGGGGAGAAACUGGCCUUCACCUUAGCUCCUUAUGGGUACUGGAACCUUCAUCUUACUCUCUAUGAUCUGACUGCCAUUAGCAUCACCAUCACGAAGCCCAGGGGCACCUCGCUUGGCUUGUACGCGCGCCGCAGCUCCCUCCCCACACACACCCAGCACGACAUUAUGAAGAUCCUGAGGGAGGGAUGGCAGAGAGAUGCAAGGGCUUCUCCUACCAUGGAGCAGGUGUCGGUGGAGCAGGUACUGGAAGCCGGGGAGUGGUUUAUCUCCAUCUACAAUGACGACGGCGACCCCCAUCGUGUGUCCCUCGUUAUCAACAGGGGCGACUGGGAGGAUGAGUGCCCGCAGCGGUGCCACGACAGAAGCGAGGAGUGUCUCAUGUGUCAGUGCAAGGCGGGGUACUUUGGCAUUGAUUGUUCGCAGUUGCUGUGCCCGACGUUGUGCUCUAACCACGGGGAGUACGUGGCAGGGCAGUGCAAGUGUCACCCGGGCUUCAAGGGCAAGGAGUGCCAGCUGCGCCACCACGAGUGUGAGGUGCCCGACUGCAACGGCAAGGGACAGUGCGUGGGAGGCCACUGCCACUGCGCCAAGGGCUCCACCGGGGAGUUCUGCGAGAAAGUGGACUGCCCGCACCCGACCUGCUCUGACCACGGCUGGUGUGUGAACGGGACUUGUGUGUGUCAGAAGGGCUGGCGCGGUGCUGACUGCUCGGAGACAGACCAGGACGCCCGCCAGUGCCUUCCAGACUGCAACAACCACGGCACCUUCAACAUUGAGCUUCACACCUGCAUCUGCAACCACCCCUGGACCGGCUCUGACUGCUCCAAAAAAUCCUGCUCCCUGGACUGCGGACUGCACGGGGUGUGUGAAAAUGACGCCUGUACGUGUGAGGAAGGCUGGAAGGGCGACAACUGCUCAGAGAAGCUGUGUGACCCGAGGUGCAGCGAACAUGGCCAGUGCAAGAACGGGACGUGUGUGUGCAUGACGGGCUGGAACGGCCGCCACUGCACUCUAUCGGGCUGCCCAGGGAACUGCCGGAACCGCGGGACCUGCAACGCAAGGGGCGAGGACGGAAUCUGGUCAUGCAGCUGCGAGAACGGGUGGGACGGCCCUGACUGCUCCGCCAUGCUGGAAACUCUGUGCAAUGAUGGCAAGGACAAUGACAAAGACGGCCUGAAGGACUGCGAGGACCCCGAGUGCUGUGAUCACAUCGCCUGCAACGGGUCCCAGCUGUGCAUGUCCCGAGCCUCUUCCCCCAUAGACCUGCUGCUCCGGAAACAGCCACCCGCCGCCACCGCCUCAUUUUUCGAGAAGAUGAAGUUCCUGAUCGAGGACGACUCGCUGCAGCACUUCACGCACUCUGAGGCCUUCAACAAGAGUAUUUUAUGGAACUACUUCCACCCGAGGCGGGCGGCGGUGGUGCGAGGCCGGGUAGUGACGCGGGCCGGCAGGGGCAUCAUCGGCCUGAGGGUGGUGACCAACAAGACCCGGGAGGGAUUCACGCUGACCCGAGAUGACGGAAUGUUCGACAUCAUGGUGAACGGCGGAGGUGUGGUGUCCUUCACGCUGGGGAAGCCUCCGUUCAGUCCUAAGAUGAUACGCGUAAUGGUGCCCUGGAACAAGGUGGUGGUGCUGGACGACAUCGUGAUGACAGUCUCGGGAAGCACUGAUCACUCCAAUGCCUUCCACGACCACGCCCAGCACCGCACCACCUCUCACUGCCCCUUGCACGACUACGACCUGCUGCGCCCUAUCAUCAUGGCCACCUGGCAGAAUGUGUUCCAGGGGGAGUGUCCACACGCCGAUACUAUCCUGGUGGAGUCACAGGCGGUGCAGGAGUCCAUCCAGAUCCCGGGGACUGAUGUGUACUUGGUGUAUCAUUCGUCCAGGGCUAACGGCUACGAGUCCACCAUCAGAAUGCAGCUCACGCCAGACCACAUCCCCGCCACUCUGCGCCGCGUCCAUCUCAGGAUCGUGCUGGAGGGAACACUCUUCACGCGCGUCUUCGAGGCUGACCCCAACAUUAAGUUCACCUACGCCUGGGACCGCUACAAUGUGUACAGGCAACGAGUGCAUGGCGUGACAGUGGCGCUUGUGUCUGUGGGCUACGAACACGCUUCCUGCCCCAAGAUCGUGUGGGAGCACCAGACAACGCGCGUGGCUGGCAACGACCUUCUCAUCUCCAUGGUGGGAGGAUUCAACUUCAACAUCCAUCACACGUACAAUUAUCAUCAGGGCAUCCUACAGAAGGGCGACGGUCAGAACAUUUACCUUGCGGGGCAGCGGCAGCUCGUGACCACCUUGCUGGGAACAGGUGAGGAGCGCCAGGUGAUGUGUGGGGACAGGUGUGAAGGGGAAGCCACACAGGUGCCUCUGCUCUCCCCGUCGUGCCUCGCUGCGGCUCCCGAUGGCUCCCUCUAUGUUGGGGACUUCAAUCUCAUCCACCGUGUCUGGCCUGAUGGCAAUGUCACCACUGUUACCCACGUAAAUGAGACCAGCGUGUCGUACCGCUAUCACAUGGCCGUGUCUCCCCUGGACGGCACCGUGUACAUGAGUGACCCCGAGGCCCACCAGGUGCUGCGCCUCGGCGCCACGCGUGACGACCCGCCCGUGGUGGUGGUGGGCUCCGGCCAGCGCUGCCUGCCCGGGGACAAGAACAGGUGUGGAGAUGGAGGCCUGUCCAUCCAUGCCCGCCUCACCUAUCCUAAAGGCUUGGCCAUCUCCUCUGACGGCGACAUGUACAUCGCUGACGGCACCAACAUCCGCGUGGUGAGCCACAGCGUCAUCCAUACCAUCAUCGGUGGCCACGAGCACCGGUCACACUGGGCACCCGUCCCCUGCAAUGGCACCAUCAAUAUGGACCAACUGCACCUCCGCUGGCCCACUGAGCUGGCCAUCUCUCCGCUGGACGGCUCGCUGCACAUCCUGGACGACCACAUGGUGCUGAGAGUCACGCCAGACAACCGUGUGCAGGUGUUGAGUGGACGUUCCCUCAACUGCCCCACACCGCCUCAUGGCCCACCUGACGCCUCCCGCACUGCCCUCCUCCUCAACCCUCAGUCCAUCGCUUUCUCCCCGGAAGGUGAACUGUACGUGGCUGAAAGUGACUCUCAAAGAAUUAACAGAGUCCGCAUCAUCACCAGUGACGGCCGUAUUUCUCUUUUCGCCGGCGCUGAAUCUGAGUGCAACUGUCGCGACCCUAACUGUCACUGUUUCACGUAUGACAACGUGUCCGCCAAGUCUGCCAUAUUCUUCUCCAUCUCCUCGAUCGCCGUCACACCAGAUGGAGUUCUUCACAUCAGCGACCAGGCAGGCUAUCGCAUCAGGUCAGUUCGCACAGUUCUUCCCAAGCUGAUUGACCGCAAGCACUAUGAGAUCGUCUCUCCAGACUCCCACGAAGUCUAUCUGUUCAACGGUCGCGGUCAGCACACAGAGACCCGAAACCUGAUCACUGGGCAGACCAUCUACAAGUUCGUGUACGACUCACACUCAAGUGUUAGUCGUCUGUCGCGAGUUUUUGACGGUGCAGGGAAUAAGUUCCAGAUCUUGCGUGAGCGAGGUGGCAAUGUCAAUGCCAUUGAUACCCCACAGAAGCAGCGCAUCAAGAUCCAUCUGACCAUGACUGAGAAACUGGAGCAGCUGGUGGCGCCCAAUGGCUACAACAUCAGCUUCACCUACAACAGCCUCAGGUCCUCCGGCCUCAUCAGCUCCAAGAUCGAGGCUUACGGCCGCACCUACAGUUACGAUUAUGAUGAGCAGGGCCGCCUCACCAGGGCCGUCCUCCCCACAGGACAGAUCAUCCAGCUCAACUUUGACCUGAGUGAGCGGGGAGCUGAGGUCACCGUGACUCGAGACGGGAAGAACCCUGUGAAGAGCACAGUGCGUGGCAACACCCUCACACACUCAUCUGGACCCAUAGAGGCUGUGACAGACAUGGGUGGUGAGGGCAGACUGCAGGUACUCACAGACUGGGAUCACCGGGUGUCUCUGGAGCGCACCUCCUACCGUGUGCUGGAGUCCACCAACCAGAUUGCAGCAGAAAUGUUCCCCAUCCUGUCCAAGCAGCAAACACACAUCGGCCCCAGCUCUGUGAACCGCUACGAGUGGGUGUACACGCCAGCCAGCCAUCACACCACCAGCAACGGCAUGAAGGUAUCCAGCACACUCAGAGUGAACAAUGCCGACCUCCUCACUCUGAGCUUUGACCCAGUGUCCUCUUCGGAAGCCCUUUUCUCUGUCUCCGGUCAGAUGCUUGUCAACAUUACUUAUGACAUUAUGGGCAGACCUGUUCUGUGGGUGCCAGUAUCCCCACUGGUGCCAAGUAACGUCAGUUAUGACCACUGGGGACACAUCAUUGGCUGGACGCGGGGCAAUCUGUCUGAGCAGUACGAGUAUGACCAUGUGAUGCGCCUCAAGUCUGUUACUUAUGCUGACAGUGCAAGAAUUACGUAUGAUUACAAGGAUGAAGAAAUAAUUAAGCCACACAAGGUCAGCCAUCCAAGCGGCAGGUCCUUCGGUCUGGUGUACGACGAUGCCGGGUCUCUGUGGCAGGUGAUCACGCCCCGGGGUUCUGCUUACACUCUCAAUGUGUCCACCCUGCUUGGCUUCUACAGACUCCGCUUGGCUCUGCCCGAGGACAACAUCGCUCUCCAGAUUAGCCUGGAUGAGCAAGGACGUAUCCUGGCCAUGACUCAGCCAGGCCAGGGUGGGACGCUGCUCUAUCAGUAUGACGACUCUGGGCGCCUGAGUGCUGAGCUGUAUGGCCGAGGCUUCACCGAAUACACCUACGAUGACAUGGGCCUUAUCCACACCGCCAAGACCAAGCACAACCAUAUCGACGUGCGGACAGACUACCGCUACCACGCUGGCCUCAUCAAGGAUAUGCGCCUUCGCUACGGCUCCAAGAGUGACCUGCACAACGUGAGGCUCAAGUUCAUCUAUGAUGCUUCAGCUCGGAUUCACAGGGUGGAGGGCGACAUAAACUCCAUCCCGCUGAAGGAGGUGAUCAUUCGCUUUGACAACCAGACAGGAAUCCUCAAUCUGAUCAGUGACCUGAGGAUCGUCCGCAACAACAUCCUGGAGACGAUGCUGCAGAACCCUGAUAAGGACUUUGUCAACACGCGCCUGCAGGACCACUACGGCCGCCUGGCAGAGGUGGACAUGAUGCUGCAGGGGAGGACAGCCUUUAUGAUGAAGCUCAAGUACGACAACCGCAACAGGAUAUCGGAGAGACUCAUCGCGGCAGCUGGGCGACGAGAGGGAUCCAACGUUACCUACACCCCCGACGGCGAGAUCCUCAAGGUGUACGGCACGCUGAAUUGGACGUACUCUUAUGACGAGAACGGCAACAUCGAGCAGAAUGAUAAGACUGAGUCACUAACCUAUGAUGAGUGUGACAGAGUGAUCAGAGUCGGGGAGAACCGCGUGGUGUAUGACGACCGAGGCUUUGUGAUCAGCAUUGACAACCAGAACUUUGAGUAUAACACCAAGGGUUUGCUAGUGUCAGCCUGGGACAGGGAGCAGAAGUGGUCCUUUACUCUAGGAUACGAUCACCUGGACCGCAUUUCUGUCUACCGGGACCACCAGAACAAUGCCACGCAGAUUAUAUACGGAAGACCCGACCUGCCAGACCUCAUCACCCACCUGCACAACCCCCACACGGGUGCCACCAUUCACCUCCUCUACGAUGACAUGAACCACCUCAUUGCCAUGGAUCAGCCAGAAGGAAGGUUCUACGUCGCUCCAGACCAGAAUGGAACGCCUUUCGCCGUCUUUGAUCACUUUGGCUCUCAGAUCAGAAGCCUCGUGUGGACACCUUUCGGCCUCUUGAAGGACUUCUCCGGCACCAGCAUGGAGAUUGGUGUGGGUCCAUGGGGAAGGUUUAGGGAGCCACACACGGGUCUCAUUCUCUUCAGAGGUCAUGCAUACAAUCCCAGGAUCAUACAGUGGAUGACGCCUCGCUGGGGACAUCUGACAAAUCCCAAGAGGCUGGUGACAGAUGUCUUCGUGUACCGGUUCAUGAACAACAACCCAUUGGUGUCCCCGCCAGGUCGUGACAGCCAUUACUACACAGAUGUGUCUGAGUGGCUGGAUUUGUACGGGAUCCGAGUGAACCGCAUUCUGGGCUCAGAGUACCUCAAGAGCACCCUGGUGAAGCCCCGCCCUGUGGUGGACGUGGACGACCUGGGCACCUCCGAGGUGGUGAGCGGCCUGUGGUGUCAGUAUGAAGCCUGCGUGAAGCACCUGCAUGACCUCAGCUUCUUCUCCCACUCCAAUAUGAAGAGCAGGAUGGGGACAUGGAUCAGUGCACCCAUCUCCCGCCAGGUGUCCAUCUUUGGGCCUGGCGUGCUUGUCUCCAACAUAGACGGCCGUGUUCUUGUUACCAAAGUAGGAGAGGGUGAUUUCACAGGCGUAGUUGGUGACGUUAUCCGGACAGUUCUGAAUAACUCGAUAAUUCUAGACGUAAGUUCCACACACAAUGGCCUUGACACAUUCUACUUCAUCAAGAGCAGCCGCAACCGCGCCGCGGAGGACAUGAACCACUUGAGGCGUCUCUCAGGCGUGUUCGAGGUGACCAGUACGGAGACAGAGCACGGUCAUGAGAUCCGCAUGUCCACCCCCACCUCCCACCUGGUUAUCAUGUACGGAGAGCGCAUGCAGCGUGCCCGCAGCCGCGUGCUGGCUGAGCUGAAGCAGGAGGCGGAGGAGAGGGCAUGGGAGCGGGAGGCCAUCUUGGUGAGGAUGGGCCGCGUGGGCUCACAUGCGUGGUCGGCGGCGGAGGCUGCCGAGCUAGAGCGGGAGGGCCGUGUGUCAGGCUACGUGGCCACCCACCUACACUCUCCUUCCCGCUAUCCACUGCUGGCCUCAGAUGCUACCAACAUUGUCUUCAAACACGAAAGUUCCCGCAAGCGACGCAAGAGCCGCAGAAGGUUCCGCAAGAAGAGUUGGCGACAGCGGAAGAAAGUUGAAGUCUGAAGAGAACAAUGUUUGGCGCGCUGAUUGAAGUUUUGGCAGCACUGCUGUACCCAUGAACUUCCAGGCAUACGCUACUGAAUCUGCCUUUAUCGACAGAUUGUGAUAUAAUUGUACAUAUUUAUGUAAACUUAACAGAGUUUCGAUAUAUACGCAUAUUGUGUGCGUUUUUGUUCUUUCUAUAUGAGGUGAAUUAAGAAUGUAACUUUCAUGAUUAUCAUAUUAUAUUCAGUGUUCUUAAGAGACCUAACUAAACCCAUGUAUCAAUUACGAAGACUUUUGGUGUUUCUUUCACGUGGUUUUUACUUACGACUGUAUUCUGCAGUAAUCCUACACUGUACAAUAUGUCAUGUAUUAUGUAAAGUAAAAUAAUGAGUUUUUAAUAAAUAUUUCGAUGUACAUUGA